AUGUACGGUCCGACGAACAACAAACGCGAUUGUAAAACAGAAAAUAGUUGUUUUUUACACGCGCUCGUUAAUAUUUCCGUCAAAACGCAACACGGCCGUGUAAGUGUUCCGGAACCGUUCGUUACGACGGCCGGACCCGUUGACGAUCGCCACGAACGCGGGCCGCGUCGGUUUCUGUCUCGCGGGACAUUAUCACGCCGCAACGCGUACGGCACCGGAGUACGCGCACCAGUUUUACGACGGUUUCGACGAGUACCGGACGGUCCACGUGAACGGGACCGCCGUCGUGGCCAGGAUCCGGCCGGAGGCGGAAGAGGUCUCGUUGCGAUCCAUGUCCGCGCCCGAGUUGACCGUCGACCCGAUCAUUCCGGUACCCAGUGGCGGAUCGCUCGACCGCCUGCCGGCAAGUGGUUCACGCGCGUUUUCGUCGCAGAGUACCGUCCGGAAGUGCCGCUAACCUACGUCAUUGUGGCGUCUGGAACUCGACAGAUAUUCGCAACGGAUUUCGCUGCAGGCGACUGCCGCGCCGACACCGGCGCCGGUCUAAACGCGAAGAAACAAGUACGCUUUGCGCCAAAUAUAGCCACUUACUACGAACCCCUUCCCGAUACCAUCGCCGACAACGCGCGACCCGGUACAGCCGCCGAAAACCUGCUGCUCGGAAUCUUAAAUCGCAUUCUCCCCCACAUACCUCCUCCUAAAAUCGAGACGUCCCGCAAACCCUCGUCUCCGAGUACCGCCUCCGGUAAUUUACAUCCCGGUUUGGCCGAAAAAAAAAAACCCACCAGUUAG